UUCCCAUUUCCAAGCAAAAAAACAACUAUACAUACACACCUAUACUUUAUAUACAUAUAGAGAGAGAGAAGAAAAAUGUGGGAUUUUUCAGAGAAAUAAAAGAAAAGAAAGUUUUUUUUGUCUCUCUCUCAAGACCUUCUUGUUUGCAUCUGGAAACAAAAGAAAGAAACUGUUGUUUCAUGAUGGCAGCUUUGGUUUCUCUUCUUCAUUGAAGGGUCGAAUUUGGUCUGAGAAAGGAAGAGAGAGAGAGAGAGAGGCAAGAGGCCCACAAGAGAGACAUGCUUGUCUGUGUGUAGUCCCUUUAAUCUCUCUUCUGUUCUGUUUUUUGUCAUGUGGCUCUUUGUCUCUUCUUGGGUCAAAAAAAAUAUAUAAUGACAGAGUUUGUAAAGAAAAAUAAUCUGAGUCUCACUUAAAGCCUACUGUUUGAGUGUGGGAGAGACAAAACAGAACAUAAAAAAAAAUCCCUACAUGAUGGCUUCAUUGGCUUGUGUUGAGGACAAGAUGAAAACAAAUGGUUUGGUUAAUGGAGGAACAACACCAACAACUUCUCAAUCUACUCUGCUUGAAGAGAUGAAGCUGUUGAAGGAUCAGUCAGGAACGAGAAAGCCGGUAAUAAACUCGGAGCUAUGGCACGCUUGUGCAGGCCCUCUGGUUUCUCUCCCUCAAGUUGGGAGCUUAGUGUAUUACUUCCCACAAGGUCACAGCGAGCAGGUUGCUGUAUCAACCAGAAGAUCAGCAACAAGCCAAGUUCCUAAUUACCCAAAUCUCCCUUCUCAGUUGAUGUGCCAAGUCCAUAAUGUUACCCUUCAUGCAGACAAAGACAGUGACGAAAUCUAUGCGCAGAUGAGUCUACAACCGGUUCACUCUGAGAGAGAUGUUUUCCCUGUACCAGAGUUUGGACUACUAAGAGGAAGCAAGCACCCAUCUGAGUUUUUCUGCAAAACGCUUACUGCUAGUGAUACAAGUACACAUGGAGGCUUCUCCGUCCCACGUAGGGCUGCAGAGAAGCUAUUCCCACCCUUGGACUACACAGCACAGCCUCCUACUCAGGAGCUUGUAGUUCGAGAUCUGCAUGAGAAUACUUGGACAUUUCGCCAUAUAUACCGCGGACAACCGAAGAGACAUCUUCUUACAACGGGAUGGAGUUUGUUUGUUGGCUCAAAGAGACUGAGAGCUGGAGAUUCUGUUUUGUUCAUCCGGGAUGAGAAGUCUCAGCUGAUGGUUGGUGUGAGACGAGCUAACCGCCAACAGACAGCUCUACCGUCCUCGGUUCUCUCAGCUGACAGUAUGCACAUCGGUGUUCUUGCUGCCGCGGCUCACGCAACUGCAAACCGCACUCCUUUCUUGAUUUUCUAUAAUCCAAGAGCGUGUCCAGCAGAGUUUGUGAUCCCUAUAGCGAAGUACCGCAAGGCUAUAUGCGGGUCUCAGCUCUCAGUUAGUAUGAGGUUUGGGAUGAUGUUUGAAACUGAGGAUUCAGGGAAACGUAGAUACAUGGGAACCAUUGUUGGAAUAAGUGAUUUGGAUCCAUUAAGAUGGCCUGGUUCUAAGUGGCGUAACCUACAAGUCGAAUGGGAUGAGCCUGGAUGUAACGAUAAACCUACUAGGGUCAGUCCAUGGGAUAUUGAAACACCUGAGAGUCUCUUCAUUUUCCCUUCUCUCACUUCAGGACUCAAACGCCAGCUCCAUCCAUCUUACUUUGCUGGUGAAACUGAAUGGGGCAGCUUGAUCAAACGGCCUUUUAUCCGUGUUUCUGACUCCACAAACGGGAUCCUGCCUUACGCAUCAUUCCCAAACAUGGCUUCAGAGCAGCUUAUGAGAAUGAUGAUGAGACCUCACAACAACAACAACCAGAAUGCAACAACAUCUUUCAUGUCUGAGAUGCAACAGAAUGUUUUAAUGGGGCAGGGAGGUUUACUAGGAGAUAUGAAGAUGCAGCAACAACCAAUGGUGAUGAACCCUGAAAACAAGCUAACUGUGAACCCAUCUGCUUCCAAUACAAGUGGCCAAGAACAGAAUCUGCCAACACAAAGUAUGCAUGCUCAUUCAAUAUCCGAAAAACCGACACUUUCUGGUUGCAGCUCUGGGAGACUCAGUCAUGGUAAUGAGCAGCAGUCAAUGGAACAGGCUAACCAAGGGUGUAAUGAGGAGAAGGUUAACGAGCUGAUGCAGAAACCAGUGGCUUUGUCUCCAUGUCCAGACAUAAGCCAACAGAUAUACCCACCAACAAAUGGAUUCUCUUUCCUGGAGACAGAAGAGCUGACAUCACAAGUCUCUUCCUUCCAGUCUCUUGCCGGAUCAUACAAGCAGCCAUUGAUGGAUUCCUCAGAUGUCGCGUUACCGGACACAACAAACUCAUCUCUCUUUCACGAUGUGUGGGACAAUCAGCUCAACGGUUUGAAGUUUGACCAGUUCAGUCCCUUGAUGCAGCAGGACCUUUAUGGUAAUAAUAGCACAAACAGCAACAUUCUAGAUCCUCCUCCACCACUUUCAAACACAGUUCUUGAUGACUUCUGUGCCAUCAAAGAAACUGACUUCCAGAUGAUCGGGAACAACAACACUAGCUUCACCCAAGAUGUCCAGUCGCAGAUCACAUCCGCUAGCUUUGCAGACAACUCUGGAGGAACCGGUACAUCUUCAAGCAAUGUUGACUUUGAUGAUAGUAGUCUGCUGCAGAACAGCAAAGGCUCAUGGCAGCAGAAGCUUGCAACGCCACGCGUUAGAACCUACACUAAGGUUCAAAAAACCGGGUCAGUUGGGAGGUCAAUUGAUGUGACAAGCUUCAGAGACUACCAAGAGCUGAAAUCUGCAAUAGAGUGCAUGUUUGGACUUGAAGGAUUGCUCACUCGCCCACAAAGCUCAGGGUGGAAGCUUGUGUAUGUUGAUUACGAGAGUGAUGUUCUGCUUGUAGGAGAUGAUCCAUGGGAAGAGUUUGUGGGAUGUGUGAAGUGCAUAAGGAUACUGUCGCCAACAGAGGUUCAGCAGAUGAGUGAAGAAGGCAUGAAGCUUUUGAGCAGCGCUUGCAUUAACGAUCUCAAGACUUCUGUUCCAUAGACUCUUGUUGUAAGCAUUUGAAACCUGCAACUAUCUUAAUGUUAUUAUGCAGUAGAGUGAUGAAUGAUAAUGAAUCAAUAGUUUAAGACAGUCUGAGACUAGAAUAUUUGUUGUCUUAAGAUCAAAACUGGACAAAGAAA